AUGCGAUCGCAAUCCACUCUGGCCUGCUUCCUCAUCCUCCUCCUAGCCUUCACCUCAUAUCAAGUCGUUUCCCUCAUGGCGCCAGACAGCCAGACUGCAAAGCAGUUGGAGGAGGAUUUGUUCGACACAGCGGACUUGGUGGAUGGGGAGGAGGCACUCGAUGACAUGGAGACAGAAUACAUAGGCCCAGUUGACGAAGCUGACACAUCCGACAGUCAGGAUGAAGUUCUUGUGCCGGCAGGGUGGCGUCGCUUCCGACGAAGACUUCGUCGUGCUUUUCGAAGAGUGCGUGAUGGAAUUCGGAGGGUGUUUCGAGAGCCAUGGAGAGUAUGCCUUGGUAGGUGCAACCACGGUCGUAAACCACCUGUUCCUCUCACUUUCUAA